UAGACUCCAAAUUGACAUCGGGAAGGGACUGGGGAAUGGUUUGCUUUCCAACAUGGCGGACGGGAAGCCUUGGUUUUACACAAUAAGAAAGCAUAGAAAAAAGUCAAUUGCUGCCGCGCUAUUUGCUGGAUGGUUAAUGAGUUAUGGAACUAAUAAGUAUAGGGAGUACAUGAUAAGAAGAGAAUUAUGUCAUGAAGCUAAGGCUUUUGGAGACACAACUUUACCAUCGUUAAAGAAACCUAGAAGACUCACUUUGUUUUUCAACCCUGCAGCUGGGAGUGGUAGUGCAGAAACUCUUUUAAAGAAAAAUGCUGAACCAAUACUUCAUAUCGCAGGACUUGAUGUGACCAUUGUCAAGACAGAAUAUGAAGGACAAAUUAAAACCCUGACACAGUAUAUUGAUCCAACAACAGAUGGCAUUGUUGUUGCUGGAGGAGAUGGUACCUUGCUUGAGGUUGUGACAGGAUUGCUGAGAAGAUCAGACCAGGAAGAAAUUACCAAGAUUCCUAUUGGACUCAUUCCCCUUGGAACUCAUAACUCCCUCUGUAACAGAAUCUUUUCGAACGCAAAUGUUGCUGAAGCAAGGACUAUUGGAAAUGCAGCAUUAGCAAUUGUCAAAGGAUAUAUAAAGCCAGUGGAUGUCAUGCAAAUUAAGGGAGAUGAAGGUCGUCCUACAUUUGCUCUAUCAAAGCUGCACUGGGGAGCCUUCAGAGAUGCUAACGAAAAGCAAGACAAAUUUUGGAUUGUGGGUCCCUUUAGAAGAAAACUUUCUUAUGUCGUGGCUGCCAUCAAGGACUGGCCUCCUGUUCUUAACACUGUGCUUUCCUACCCUUUGAGUGAGUCACCUCAAGACAUGUCAAAAGACACAUCUUCUAGCUCACACCAAAGUGUUAUGUCUCAUGGUUUGGCAACAGCCAACUGCGAGAGCACAAAUCCAUCACAGCAAAAGCAUUUUGAUGCUGAAGAAAGUAUCAUCAAGAACGGUUGGAUUACUAGUGCAGUCCAAACAUUUGGCUUGUCUGUGGAACCCUUUAGUACAAGGCACCCACAGAAUGCCAACAGUUUUCUGAAAGUAAAGCUAUGGCCAUCAGAUCUUACCAAGACAGAAUUUAUUGAAAAUGGAUGGAGGAUGGAAAAAGAGGAAAAAGCAAAACCCGAGGAAGAUGAUUCAUCAAGACACAAGUGCUUGAUGGUGAAACAACUCAAACUGGAUCCUAAAGACCAAGAGCUCUCUUGGUUUUCAAUUGAUGGUGAGCCAUUUGAGGCAAAGUCAAUAACAAUCAGCCUUCUUCCAAACAAGCUUCACUUUUUCUUCAUUCCAAACAAGACUCAGCAUAGCUGAGACAAUAUAUUGUUGAUGGCAAAUCCAUGGGACAUGUGACAUUGAAUAAAGAACACAGAAUGACUGCCUUUUAACAAAGUUUAUUAUUAACUCAAAGUAAAUAGGUAUUUCUAAAAAAUACUAGAAUUAUUUCAUACUUUAGGUGGCAUUUAUCCAUUAUCCAAUGCACACCAUACAGUUUUUCAAAACAACGCAACUUACAUGUAUGAGAUAGUUGCAGAUUAUUUACUGCAAUUAAACUCAUUUGAUAAUAAAUAAAAUAAUGGAACCAAACAUGUCUAAAAUUUGCAUUCAUUUGAUGAAGUCAAUGGAUAAGUCUUAAUUUAAACUGUAGCACACUGUAGAUUGAGAUACCUUCAAUUUUUUUUGUAUAGCACUACAAAAACAGUGCUAAAAGAUAUUGAGGUACUAUUACAAGAUUACUUAAAAAAAAUUAACAGUGGCCCAGAGAUUUUCCAAAAGUGUAAUUACUACCAAGGAAAUGCAAGAUCAAAUGGCCAAAAUGAAGCCAUACAUUCCCAUUGAAACAUCCUGACAUUCCUAACAUUCAUUUUAAUAUAUGUUAAGUUUUGAAAAACCAACACUGUAUGACAUACUAGGUUGUAAAUAUAUUUAAAUAUUAUCAAUAUUUCCUUUGAUAGUAAUUUGUUGGAUAAAUUUACAGUUCUACAUGGAACCUAAGUUCCUGAUAAUUUCUUCCUGCAGUUUGAUCUUGCAUUUGGCUGGUGGUUUGCUGUUACAUGUUGCAUACCUUUCAUUUGUUCAUUUCAAUGCUUCUUUACAAGGACAAGACUACUAAAAGGCUA